GAGGGGAAAGGGAUGUUGCCUUUCUCAUUGAUGGCACAGAAAGUGGUUCGUGGAGAUUUUGAAUACAUCAGGGAUUUUAUCAUUAAAGUCAUUGAACCACUUGACAUUGGGAUUGACAAAGUGCGAGUGUCAGUGGUUUCAACACAGUGAGAGGCCAACACCAACGUUAUACCUUAACACAGUAUCAAACCAAAGAUGAGGGUAAUAAAAGCUGUCAAUGGAAUGACUCUGACUGGUGGGACGAACCUUUAAAACACAGGAACUGCUUUAGAUUCAUGAAAGAUACCAUCUUGUCUGAAAGGCAUGGUAGCCGUUCCUUACAAAAUGUCCCACAGUUUCUCAUCGUUUUGACUGGAGGCAGAUCUAGGGACAAUGUGAAGGAUCCUGCAGGAGCGCUGAAAACAGACGGGGUCGUACCAUUUGGUGUUGGUGUCAGAGAUGCAGACCCGAGGCAGAUUGCGGCCAUUUCGCACAACCCUUCCUUUGCCUUCAAUUUGAGGGAAUUCAGUGAGCUUAGCACUGUACCACAAAAGCUCAACAACUACGUGAGCCUUCCAAGGGAAGAGCUGACCCUGGUUCUACAGCAAGUGGAGAGACAACAACCAGGAAGAGAUUUUGUGUUCUUGUUGGAUGGAUCUGAUAGUACAAGAAGUGGAUUCCCAGCCAUGCAAGACUUUGUCCAAAGAGUAGUAGAGAAACUCAGUGUGGACGACAACAAAGACCGUGUCUCAGUGGUGCAGUACAGCAGAGAUCCAGCUGUCAAUUUCUAUCUGAACACAUACACGACAAAAGGGGAAAUCCUUGACACAGUCAGAGGUUUGAAACACAAAGGCGGAAGACCCCUCAACACUGGAGCAGCUCUCCAGUACUUGAGGGAUAAUGUCUUUACAGCCUCUGCUGGAAGCAGGCGCCUAGAAGGAGUUCCACAGAUCCUGUUAUUGCUAAGUGGCGGAAGGUCUUUUGACAGUGUUGAUGCACCAGCCUCUGAUCUCAAACAGCUGGGUGUCUUGACCUUCGCGAUUGGAACCAGGAGCUCUGAUAGCAGAGAACUGGAAAAGAUAUCCCACGGUCCCAAUUUUGUUCUAUCUGUGUCUGAUUUCAAUGACCUUCCCAGUAUCCAACAGCAACUUCAGUCCUCGGUGGAGGCUGUGGUUAUAGACGUCACCCCACAAACCCCAACUGUACUUGUUGACACUGCCAAAAAGGACAUUGUGUUCCUUCUGGAUGGCUCUGAUAGCACAAGGAAUGGCUUCCCUGCCAUGCGUGAUUUUGUUGAGAGCAUGGUGGAGAAACUCAAUGUGGGAGAGGACAGAGACCGUGUCUCUGUAGUACAGUACAGCAAAGAUGCAGAGGUCAAUUUCUACUUGAAAACAUACAGCACAAAAGAAGAUAUUGUCGAUUCGGUUAGAGGGUUGAGACACAAAGGAGGCAGACCCCUCAACACCGGGGCUGCCCUCCAAUACGUCAGAGAAUAUGUCUUUACAAACUCCUCCGGGAGUAGGCGCCUGCAGGGUGUUCCACAGAUGUUGAUCCUGCUAAAUGGUGGAAGGUCUUUUGACAAUGUAGACACCCCAGCCUCUGCUCUCAAACAGCAGGGCAUCAUUGUGCUUGGUAUUGGAACAAGGAACUCUGACAGUGGAGAGCUGAGGAAGAUCUCAUAUGACCCUAGUUACGCUCUAUCAGUGUCUGAGUUUACUGACCUCCCCAGUGUCCAAGAACAGCUCUCCUCUGUGAUGAGCACAGUGCUAGUGAGAGCUAUGCCGGUAACACCAACAGAAACUGUGGAGAGACAACAACCAGGAAGAGAUUUUGUGUUCUUGUUGGAUGGAUCUGAUAGUACAAGAAGUGGAUUCCCAGCCAUGCAAGAUUUUGUCCAAAGAGUAGUAGAGAAACUCAGUGUGGACGACAACAAAGACCGUGUCUCAGUGGUGCAGUACAGCAGAGAUCCAGCUGUCAAUUUCUAUCUGAACACAUACACGACAAAAGGGGAAAUCCUUGACACAGUCAGAGGUUUGAAACACAAAGGCGGAAGACCCCUCAAAACUGGAGCAGCUCUCCAGUACUUGAGAGAUAAUGUCUUUACAGCCUCUGCUGGAAGCAGGCGCCUAGAAGGAGUUCCACAGAUCCUGUUAUUGCUAAGUGGCGGAAGGUCUUUUGACAGUGUUGAUGCACCAGCCUCUGAUCUCAAACAGCUGGGUGUCUUGACCUUCGCGAUUGGAACCAGGAGCUCUGAUAGCAGAGAACUGGAAAAGAUAUCCCACGGUCCCAAUUUUGUUCUAUCUGUGUCUGAUUUCAAUGACCUUCCCAGUAUCCAACAGCAACUUCAGUCCUCUGUGGAGGCUGUGGUUAUAGACGUCACCCCACAAACCCCAACUGUACUUGUUGACACUGCCAAAAAGGACAUUGUGUUCCUUCUGGAUGGCUCUGAUAGCACAAGGAAUGGCUUCCCUGCCAUGCGUGAUUUUGUUGAGAGGGUGGUGGAGAAACUCAAUGUGGGAGAGGACAGAGACCGUGUCUCUGUAGUACAGUACAGCAAAGAUGCAGAGGUCAAUUUCUACUUGAAAACAUACAGCACAAAAGAGGAUAUUGUCGAUUCGGUUAGAGGGUUGAGACACAAAGGAGGCAGACCCCUCAACACCGGGGCUGCCCUCCAAUACGUCAGAGAAUAUGUCUUUACAAACUCCUCCGGGAGUAGGCGCCUGCAGGGUGUUCCACAGAUGUUGAUCCUGCUAAAUGGUGGAAGGUCUUUUGACAAUGUAGACACCCCAGCCUCUGCUCUCAAACAGCAGGGCAUCAUUGUGCUUGGUAUUGGAACAAGGAACUCUGACAGUGGAGAGCUGAGGAAGAUCUCAUAUGACCCUAGUUACGCUCUAUCAGUGUCUGAGUUUACUGACCUCCCCAGUGUCCAAGAACAGCUCUCCUCUGCGAUGAGCACAGUGCUAGUGAGAGCUAUGCCGGUAACACCAACAGAAACUGUGGAGAGACAACAACCAGGAAGAGAUUUUGUGUUCUUGUUGGAUGGAUCUGAUAGUACAAGAAGUGGAUUCCCAGCCAUGCAAGAUUUUGUCCAAAGAGUAGUAGAGAAACUCAGUGUGGACGACAACAAAGACCGUGUCUCAGUGGUGCAGUACAGCAGAGAUCCAGCUGUCAAUUUCUAUCUGAACACAUACACGACAAAAGGGGAAAUCCUUGACACAGUCAGAGGUUUGAAACACAAAGGCGGAAGACCCCUCAAAACUGGAGCAGCUCUCCAGUACUUGAGGGAUAAUGUCUUUACAGCCUCUGCUGGAAGCAGGCGCCUAGAAGGAGUUCCACAGAUCCUGUUAUUGCUAAGUGGCGGAAGGUCUUUUGACAGUGUUGAUGCACCAGCCUCUGAUCUCAAACAGCUGGGUGUCUUGACCUUCGCGAUUGGAACCAGGAGCUCUGAUAGCAGAGAACUGGAAAAGAUAUCCCACGGUCCCAAUUUUGUUCUAUCUGUGUCUGAUUUCAAUGACCUUCCCAGUAUCCAACAGCAACUUCAGUCCUCGGUUGAGGCUGUGGUUAUAGACGUCACCCCACAAACCCCAACUGUACUUGUUGACACUGCCAAAAAGGACAUUGUGUUCCUUCUGGAUGGCUCUGAUAGCACAAGGAAUGGCUUCCCUGCCAUGCGUGAUUUUGUUGAGAGGGUGGUGGAGAAACUCAAUGUGGGAGAGGACAGAGACCGUGUCUCUGUAGUACAGUACAGCAAAGAUGCAGAGGUCAAUUUCUACUUGAAAACAUACAGCACAAAAGAGGAUAUUGUCGAUUCGGUUAGAGGGUUGAGACACAAAGGAGGCAGACCCCUCAACACCGGGGCUGCCCUCCAAUACGUCAGAGAAUAUGUCUUUACAAACUCUUCCGGGAGUAGGCGCCUGCAGGGUGUUCCACAGAUGUUGAUCCUGCUAAAUGGUGGAAGGUCUUUUGACAAUGUAGACACCCCAGCCUCUGCUCUCAAACAGCAGGGCAUCAUUGUGCUUGGUAUUGGAACAAGGAACUCUGACAGUGGAGAGCUGAGGAAGAUCUCAUAUGACCCUAGUUACGCUCUAUCAGUGUCUGAGUUUACUGACCUCCCCAGUGUCCAAGAACAGCUCUCCUCUGCGAUGAGCACAGUGCUAGUGAGAGCUAUGCCGGUAACACCAACAGAAACUGUGGAGAGACAACAACCAGGAAGAGAUUUUGUGUUCUUGUUGGAUGGAUCUGAUAGUACAAGAAGUGGAUUCCCAGCCAUGCAAGACUUUGUCCAAAGAGUAGUAGAGAAACUCAGUGUGGACGACAACAAAGACCGUGUCUCAGUGGUGCAGUACAGCAGAGAUCCAGCUGUCAAUUUCUAUCUGAACACAUACACGACAAAAGGGGAAAUCCUUGACACAGUCAGAGGUUUGAAACACAAAGGCGGAAGACCCCUCAAAACUGGAGCAGCUCUCCAGUACUUGAGGGAUAAUGUCUUUACAGCCUCUGCUGGAAGCAGGCGCCUAGAAGGAGUUCCACAGAUCCUGUUAUUGCUAAGUGGCGGAAGGUCUUUUGACAGUGUUGAUGCACCAGCCUCUGAUCUCAAACAGCUGGGUGUCUUGACCUUCGCGAUUGGAACCAGGAGCUCUGAUAGCAGAGAACUGGAAAAGAUAUCCCACGGUCCCAAUUUUGUUCUAUCUGUGUCUGAUUUCAAUGACCUUCCCAGUAUCCAACAGCAACUUCAGUCCUCGGUGGAGGCUGUGGUUAUAGACGUCACCCCACAAACCCCAACUGUACUUGUUGACACUGCCAAAAAGGACAUUGUGUUCCUUCUGGAUGGCUCUGAUAGCACAAGGAAUGGCUUCCCUGCCAUGCGUGAUUUUGUUGAGAGGGUGGUGGAGAAACUCAAUGUGGGAGAGGACAGAGACCGUGUCUCUGUAGUACAGUACAGCAAAGAUGCAGAGGUCAAUUUCUACUUGAAAACAUACAGCACAAAAGAGGAUAUUGUCGAUUCGGUUAGAGGGUUGAGACACAAAGGAGGCAGACCCCUCAACACCGGGGCUGCCCUCCAAUACGUCAGAGAAUAUGUCUUUACAAACUCCUCCGGGAGUAGGCGCCUGCAGGGUGUUCCACAGAUGUUGAUCCUGCUAAAUGGUGGAAGGUCUUUUGACAAUGUAGACACCCCAGCCUCUGCUCUCAAACAGCAGGGCAUCAUUGUGCUUGGUAUUGGAACAAGGAACUCUGACAGUGGAGAGCUGAGGAAGAUCUCAUAUGACCCUAGGUACGCUCUAUCAGUGUCUGAGUUUACUGACCUCCCCAGUGUCCAAGAACAGCUCUCCUCUGUGAUGAGCACAGUGCUAGUGAGAGCUAUGCUGGUAACACCAACAGAAACUGUGGAGAGACAACAACCAGGAAGAGAUUUUGUGUUCUUGUUGGAUGGAUCUGAUAGUACAAGAAGUGGAUUCCCAGCCAUGCAAGACUUUGUCCAAAGAGUAGUAGAGAAACUCAGUGUGGACGACAACAAAGACCGUGUCUCAGUGGUGCAGUACAGCAGAGAUCCAGCUGUCAAUUUCUAUCUGAACACAUACACGACAAAAGGGGAAAUCCUUGACACAGUCAGAGGUUUGAAACACAAAGGCGGAAGACCCCUCAACACUGGAGCAGCUCUCCAGUACUUGAGGGAUAAUGUCUUUACAGCCUCUGCUGGAAGCAGGCGCCUAGAAGGAGUUCCACAGAUCCUGUUAUUGCUAAGUGGCGGAAGGUCUUUUGACAGUGUUGAUGCACCAGCCUCUGAUCUCAAACAGCUGGGUGUCUUGACCUUCGCGAUUGGAACCAGGAGCUCUGAUAGCAGAGAACUGGAAAAGAUAUCCCACGGUCCCAAUUUUGUUCUAUCUGUGUCUGAUUUCAAUGACCUUCCCAGUAUCCAACAGCAACUUCAGUCCUCGGUGGAGGCUGUGGUUAUAGACGUCACCCCACAAACCCCAACUGUACUUGUUGACACUGCCAAAAAGGACAUUGUGUUCCUUCUGGAUGGCUCUGAUAGCACAAUGAAUGGCUUCCCUGCCAUGCGUGAUUUUGUUGAGAGGGUGGUGGAGAAACUCAAUGUGGGAGAGGACAGAGACCGUGUCUCUGUAGUACAGUACAGCAAAGAUGCAGAGGUCAAUUUCUACUUGAAAACAUACAGCACAAAAGAGGAUAUUGUCGAUUCGGUUAGAGGGUUGAGACACAAAGGAGGCAGACCCCUCAACACCGGGGCUGCCCUCCAAUACGUCAAAGAAUAUGUCUUUACAAACUCCUCCGGGAGUAGGCGCCUGCAGGGUGUUCCACAGAUGUUGAUCCUGCUAAAUGGUGGAAGGUCUUUUGACAAUGUAGACAUCCCAGCCUCUGCUCUCAAACAGCAGGGCAUCAUUGUGCUUGGUAUUGGAACAAGGAACUCUGACAGUGGAGAGCUGAGGAAGAUCUCAUAUGACCCUAGUUACGCUCUAUCAGUGUCUGAGUUUACUGACCUCCCCAGUGUCCAAGAACAGCUCUCCUCUGCGAUGAGCACAGUGCUAGUGAGAGCUAUGCCGGUAACACCAACAGAAACUGUGGAGAGACAACAACCAGGAAGAGAUUUUGUGUUCUUGUUGGAUGGAUCUGAUAGUACAAGAAGUGGAUUCCCAGCCAUGCAAGACUUUGUCCAAAGAGUAGUAGAGAAACUCAGUGUGGACGAAAACAAAGACCGUGUCUCAGUGGUGCAGUACAGCAGAGAUCCAGCUGUCAAUUUCUAUCUGAACACAUACACGACAAAAGAGGAAAUCCUUGACACAGUCAGAGGUUUGAAACACAAAGGCGGAAGACCCCUCAAAACUGGAGCAGCUCUCCAGUACUUGAGGGAUAAUGUCUUUACAGCCUCUGCUGGAAGCAGGCGCCUAGAAGGAGUUCCACAGAUCCUGUUAUUGCUAAGUGGCGGAAGGUCUUUUGACAGUGUUGAUGCACCAGCCUCUGAUCUCAAACAGCUGGGUGUCUUGACCUUCGCGAUUGGAACCAGGAGCUCUGAUAGCAGAGAACUGGAAAAGAUAUCCCACGGUCCCAAUUUUGUUCUAUCUGUGUCUGAUUUCAAUGACCUUCCCAGUAUCCAACAGCAACUUCAGUCCUCGGUGGAGGCUGUGGUUAUAGACGUCACCCCACAAACCCCAACUGUACUUGUGGAGAGACAACAACCAGGAAGAGAUUUUGUGUUCUUGUUGGAUGGAUCUGAUAGUACAAGAAGUGGAUUCCCAGCCAUGCAAGACUUUGUCCAAAGAGUAGUAGAGAAACUCAGUGUGGACGACAACAAAGACCGUGUCUCAGUGGUGCAGUACAGCAGAGAUCCAGCUGUCAAUUUCUAUCUGAACACAUACACGACAAAAGGGGAAAUCCUUGACACAGUCAGAGGUUUGAAACACAAAGGCGGAAGACCCCUCAAAACUGGAGCAGCUCUCCAGUACUUGAGGGAUAAUGUCUUUACAGCCUCUGCUGGAAGCAGGCGCCUAGAAGGAGUUCCACAGAUCCUGUUAUUGCUAAGUGGCGGAAGGUCUUUUGACAGUGUUGAUGCACCAGCCUCUGAUCUCAAACAGCUGGGUGUCUUGACCUUCGCGAUUGGAACCAGGAGCUCUGAUAGCAGAGAACUGGAAAAGAUAUCCCACGGUCCCAAUUUUGUUCUAUCUGUGUCUGAUUUCAAUGACCUUCCCAGUAUCCAACAGCAACUUCAGUCCUCGGUGGAGGCUGUGGUUAUAGACGUCACCCCACAAACCCCAACUGUACUUGUGGAGAGACAACAACCAGGAAGAGAUUUUGUGUUCUUGUUGGAUGGAUCUGAUAGUACAAGAAGUGGAUUCCCAGCCAUGCAAGACUUUGUCCAAAGAGUAGUAGAGAAACUCAGUGUGGACGACAACAAAGACCGUGUCUCAGUGGUGCAGUACAGCAGAGAUCCAGCUGUCAAUUUCUAUCUGAACACAUACACGACAAAAGGGGAAAUCCUUGACACAGUCAGAGGUUUGAAACACAAAGGCGGAAGACCCCUCAACACUGGAGCAGCUCUCCAGUACUUGAGGGAUAAUGUCUUUACAGCCUCUGCUGGAAGCAGGCGCCUAGAAGGAGUUCCACAGAUCCUGUUAUUGCUAAGUGGCGGAAGGUCUUUUGACAGUGUUGAUGCACCAGCCUCUGAUCUCAAACAGCUGGGUGUCUUGACCUUCGCGAUUGGAACCAGGAGCUCUGAUAGCAGAGAACUGGAAAAGAUAUCCCACGGUCCCAAUUUUGUUCUAUCUGUGUCUGAUUUCAAUGACCUUCCCAGUAUCCAACAGCAACUUCAGUCCUCGGUGGAGGCUGUGGUUAUAGACGUCACCCCACAAACCCCAACUGUACUUGUUGACACUGCCAAAAAGGACAUUGUGUUCCUUCUGGAUGGCUCUGAUAGCACAAGGAAUGGCUUCCCUGCCAUGCGUGAUUUUGUUGAGAGCAUGGUGGAGAAACUCAAUGUGGGAGAGGACAGAGACCGUGUCUCUGUAGUACAGUACAGCAAAGAUGCAGAGGUCAAUUUCUACUUGAAAACAUACAGCACAAAAGAAGAUAUUGUCGAUUCGGUUAGAGGGUUGAGACACAAAGGAGGCAGACCCCUCAACACCGGGGCUGCCCUCCAAUACGUCAGAGAAUAUGUCUUUACAAACUCCUCCGGGAGUAGGCGCCUGCAGGGUGUUCCACAGAUGUUGAUCCUGCUAAAUGGUGGAAGGUCUUUUGACAAUGUAGACACCCCAGCCUCUGCUCUCAAACAGCAGGGCAUCAUUGUGCUUGGUAUUGGAACAAGGAACUCUGACAGUGGAGAGCUGAGGAAGAUCUCAUAUGACCCUAGUUACGCUCUAUCAGUGUCUGAGUUUACUGACCUCCCCAGUGUCCAAGAACAGCUCUCCUCUGCGAUGAGCACAGUGCUAGUGAGAGCUAUGCCGGUAACACCAACAGAAACUGUGGAGAGACAACAACCAGGAAGAGAUUUUGUGUUCUUGUUGGAUGGAUCUGAUAGUACAAGAAGUGGAUUCCCAGCCAUGCAAGAUUUUGUCCAAAGAGUAGUAGAGAAACUCAGUGUGGACGACAACAAAGACCGUGUCUCAGUGGUGCAGUACAGCAGAGAUCCAGCUGUCAAUUUCUAUCUGAACACAUACACGACAAAAGGGGAAAUCCUUGACACAGUCAGAGGUUUGAAACACAAAGGCGGAAGACCCCUCAACACUGGAGCAGCUCUCCAGUACUUGAGGGAUAAUGUCUUUACAGCCUCUGCUGGAAGCAGGCGCCUAGAAGGAGUUCCACAGAUCCUGUUAUUGCUAAGUGGCGGAAGGUCUUUUGACAGUGUUGAUGCACCAGCCUCUGAUCUCAAACAGCUGGGUGUCUUGACCUUCGCGAUUGGAACCAGGAGCUCUGAUAGCAGAGAACUGGAAAAGAUAUCCCACGGUCCCAAUUUUGUUCUAUCUGUGUCUGAUUUCAAUGACCUUCCCAGUAUCCAACAGCAACUUCAGUCCUCGGUGGAGGCUGUGGUUAUAGACGUCACCCCACAAACCCCAACUGUACUUGUUGACACUGCCAAAAAGGACAUUGUGUUCCUUCUAGAUGGCUCUGAUAGUACAAGGAAUGGCUUCCCUGCCAUGCGUGAUUUUGUUGAGAGGGUGGUGGAGAAACUCAAUGUGGGAGAGGACAGAGACCGUGUCUCUGUAGUACAGUACAGCAAAGAUGCAGAGGUCAAUUUCUACUUGAAAACAUACAGCACAAAGAAGGAUAUUGUCGAUUCGGUUAGAGGGUUGAGACACAAAGGAGGCAGACCCCUCAACACCGGGGCUGCCCUCCAAUACGUCAGAGAAUAUGUCUUUACAAACUCCUCCGGGAGUAGGCGCCUGCAGGGUGUUCCACAGAUGUUGAUCCUGCUAAAUGGUGGAAGGUCUUUUGACAAUGUAGACACCCCAGCCUCUGCUCUCAAACAGCAGGGCAUCAUUGUGCUUGGUAUUGGAACAAGGAACUCUGACAGUGGAGAGCUGAGGAAGAUCUCAUAUGACCCUAGGUACGCUCUAUCAGUGUCUGAGUUUACUGACCUCCCCAGUGUCCAAGAACAGCUCUCCUCUGUGAUGAGCACAGUGCUAGUGAGAGCUAUGCCGGUAACACCAACAGAAACUGUGGAGAGACAACAACCAGGAAGAGAUUUUGUGUUCUUGUUGGAUGGAUCUGAUAGUACAAGAAGUGGAUUCCCAGCCAUGCAAGACUUUGUCCAAAGAGUAGUAGAGAAACUCAGUGUGGACGACAACAAAGACCGUGUCUCAGUGGUGCAGUACAGCAGAGAUCCAGCUGUCAAUUUCUAUCUGAACACAUACACGACAAAAGGGGAAAUCCUUGACACAGUCAGAGGUUUGAAACACAAAGGCGGAAGACCCCUCAACACUGGAGCAGCUCUCCAGUACUUGAGGGAUAAUGUCUUUACAGCCUCUGCUGGAAGCAGGCGCCUAGAAGGAGUUCCACAGAUCCUGUUAUUGCUAAGUGGCGGAAGGUCUUUUGACAGUGUUGAUGCACCAGCCUCUGAUCUCAAACAGCUGGGUGUCUUGACCUUCGCGAUUGGAACCAGGAGCUCUGAUAGCAGAGAACUGGAAAAGAUAUCCCACGGUCCCAAUUUUGUUCUAUCUGUGUCUGAUUUCAAUGACCUUCCCAGUAUCCAACAGCAACUUCAGUCCUCGGUGGAGGCUGUGGUUAUAGACGUCACCCCACAAACCCCAACUGUACUUGUUGACACUGCCAAAAAGGACAUUGUGUUCCUUCUGGAUGGCUCUGAUAGCACAAGGAAUGGCUUCCCUGCCAUGCGUGAUUUUGUUGAGAGGGUGGUGGAGAAACUCAAUGUGGGAGAGGACAGAGACCGUGUCUCUGUAGUACAGUACAGCAAAGAUGCAGAGGUCAAUUUCUACUUGAAAACAUACAGCACAAAAGAGGAUAUUGUCGAUUCGGUUAGAGUGUUGAGACACAAAGGAGGCAGACACCUCAACACCGGGGCUGCCCUCCAAUACGUCAGAGAAUAUGUCUUUACAAACUCCUCCGGGAGUAGGCGCCUGCAGGGUGUUCCACAGAUGUUGAUCCUGCUAAAUGGUGGAAGGUCUUUUGACAAUGUAGACACCCCAGCCUCUGCUCUCAAACAGCAGGGCAUCAUUGUGCUUGGUAUUGGAACAAGGAACUCUGACAGUGGAGAGCUGAGGAAGAUCUCAUAUGACCCUAGUUACGCUCUAUCAGUGUCUGAGUUUACUGACCUCCCCAGUGUCCAAGAACAGCUCUCCUCUGCGAUUAGCACAGUGCUAGUGAGAGCUAUGCCGGUAUCACCAACAGAAACUGUGGAGAGACAACAACCAGGAAGAGAUUUUGUGUUCUUGUUGGAUGGAUCUGAUAGUACAAGAAGUGGAUUCCCAGCCAUGCAAGACUUUGUCCAAAGAGUAGUAGAGAAACUCAGUGUGGACGACAACAAAGACCGUGUCUCAGUGGUGCAGUACAGCAGAGAUCCAGCUGUCAAUUUCUAUCUGAACACAUACACGACAAAAGGGGAAAUCCUUGACACAGUCAGAGGUUUGAAACACAAAGGCGGAAGACCCCUCAACACUGGAGCAGCUCUCCAGUACUUGAGGGAUAAUGUCUUUACAGCCUCUGCUGGAAGCAGGGUCCUAGAAGGAGUUCCACAGAUCCUGUUAUUGCUAAGUGGCGGAAGGUCUUUUGACAGUGUUGAUGCACCAGCCUCUGAUCUCAAACAGCUGGGUGUCUUGACCUUCGCGAUUGGAACCAGGAGCUCUGAUAGCAGAGAACUGGAAAAGAUAUCCCACGGUCCCAAUUUUGUUCUAUCUGUGUCUGAUUUCAAUGACCUUCCCAGUAUCCAACAGCAACUUCAGUCCUCGGUGGAGGCUGUGGUUAUAGACGUCACCCCACAAACCCCAACUGUACUUGUUGACACUGCCAAAAAGGACAUUGUGUUCCUUCUGGAUGGCUCUGAUAGCACAAGGAAUGGCUUCCCUGCCAUGCGUGAUUUUGUUGAGAGGGUGGUGGAGAAACUCAAUGUGGGAGAGGACAGAGACCGUGUCUCUGUAGUACAGUACAGCAAAGAUGCAGAGGUCAAUUUCUACUUGAAAACAUACAGCACAAAAGAGGAUAUUGUCGAUUCGGUUAGAGGGUUGAGACACAAAGGAGGCAGACCCCUCAACACCGGGGCUGCCCUCCAAUACGUCAGAGAAUAUGUCUUUACCAACUCCUCCGGGAGUAGGCGCCUGCAGGGUGUUCCACAGAUGUUGAUCCUGCUAAAUGGUGGAAGGUCUUUUGACAAUGUAGACACCCCAGCCUCUGCUCUCAAACAGCAGGGCAUCAUUGUGCUUGGUAUUGGAACAAGGAACUCUGACAGUGGAGAGCUGAGGAAGAUCUCAUAUGACCCUAGUUACGCUCUAUCAGUGUCUGAGUUUACUGACCUCCCCAGUGUCCAAGAACAGCUCUCCUCUGCGAUUAGCACAGUGCUAGUGAGAGCUAUGCCGGUAUCACCAACAGAAACUGUGGAGAGACAACAACCAGGAAGAGAUUUUGUGUUCUUGUUGGAUGGAUCUGAUAGUACAAGAAGUGGAUUCCCAGCCAUGCAAGACUUUGUCCAAAGAGUAGUAGAGAAACUCAGUGUGGACGACAACAAAGACCGUGUCUCAGUGGUGCAGUACAGCAGAGAUCCAGCUGUCAAUUUCUAUCUGAACACAUACACGACAAAAGGGGAAAUCCUUGACACAGUCAGAGGUUUGAAACACAAAGGCGGAAGACCCCUCAACACUGGAGCAGCUCUCCAGUACUUGAGGGAUAAUGUCUUUACAGCCUCUGCUGGAAGCAGGCGCCUAGAAGGAGUUCCACAGAUCCUGUUAUUGCUAAGUGGCGGAAGGUCUUUUGACAGUGUUGAUGCACCAGCCUCUGAUCUCAAACAGCUGGGUGUCUUGACCUUCGCGAUUGGAACCAGGAGCUCUGAUAGCAGAGAACUGGAAAAGAUAUCCCACGGUCCCAAUUUUGUUCUAUCUGUGUCUGAUUUCAAUGACCUUCCCAGUAUCCAACAGCAACUUCAGUCCUCGGUGGAGGCUGUGGUUAUAGACGUCACCCCACAAACCCCAACUGUACUUGUUGACACUGCCAAAAAGGACAUUGUGUUCCUUCUGGAUGGCUCUGAUAGCACAAGGAAUGGCUUCCCUGCCAUGCGUGAUUUUGUUGAGAGGGUGGUGGAGAAACUCAAUGUGGGAGAGGACAGAGACCGUGUCUCUGUAGUACAGUACAGCAAAGAUGCAGAGGUCAAUUUCUACUUGAAAACAUACAGCACAAAAGAGGAUAUUGUCGAUUCGGUUAGAGGGUUGAGACACAAAGGAGGCAGACCCCUCAACACCGGGGCUGCCCUCCAAUACGUCAGAGAAUAUGUCUUUACAAACUCCUCCGGGAGUAGGCGCCUGCAGGGUGUUCCACAGAUGUUGAUCCUGCUAAAUGGUGGAAGGUCUUUUGACAAUGUAGACACCCCAGCCUCUGCUCUCAAACAGCAGGGCAUCAUUGUGCUUGGUAUUGGAACAAGGAACUCUGACAGUGGAGAGCUGAGGAAGAUCUCAUAUGACCCUAGUUACGCUCUAUCAGUGUCUGAGUUUACUGACCUCCCCAGUGUCCAAGAACAGCUCUCCUCUGCGAUUAGCACAGUGCUAGUGAGAGCUAUGCCGGUAUCACCAACAGAAACUGUGGAGAGACAACAACCAGGAAGAGAUUUUGUGUUCUUGUUGGAUGGAUCUGAUAGUACAAGAAGUGGAUUCCCAGCCAUGCAAGACUUUGUCCAAAGAGUAGUAGAGAAACUCAGUGUGGACGACAACAAAGACCGUGUCUCAGUGGUGCAGUACAGCAGAGAUCCAGCUGUCAAUUUCUAUCUGAACACAUACACGACAAAAGGGGAAAUCCUUGACACAGUCAGAGGUUUGAAACACAAAGGCGGAAGACCCCUCAACACUGGAGCAGCUCUCCAGUACUUGAGGGAUAAUGUCUUUACAGCCUCUGCUGGAAGCAGGCGUCUAGAAGGAGUUCCACAGAUCCUGUUAUUGCUAAGUGGCGGAAGGUCUUUUGACAGUGUUGAUGCACCAGCCUCUGAUCUCAAACAGCUGGGUGUCUUGACCUUCGCGAUUGGAACCAGGAGCUCUGAUAGCAGAGAACUGGAAAAGAUAUCCCACGGUCCCAAUUUUGUUCUAUCUGUGUCUGAUUUCAAUGACCUUCCCAGUAUCCAACAGCAACUUCAGUCCUCGGUGGAGGCUGUGGUUAUAGACGUCACCCCACAAACCCCAACUGUACUUGUUGACACUGCCAAAAAGGACAUUGUGUUCCUUCUGGAUGGCUCUGAUAGCACAAGGAAUGGCUUCCCUGCCAUUCGUGAUUUUGUUGAGAGGGUGGUGGAGAAACUCAAUGUGGGAGAGGACAGAGACCGUGUCUCUGUAGUACAGUACAGCAAAGAUGCAGAGGUCAAUUUCUACUUGAAAACAUACAGCACAAAAGAGGAUAUUGUCGAUUCCGUUAAAGGGUUGAGACACAAAGGAGGCAGACCCCUCAACACCGGGGCUGCCCUCCAAUACGUCAGAGAAUAUGUCUUUACAAACUCCUCCGGGAGUAGGCGCUUGCAGGGUGUUCCACAGAUGUUGAUCCUGCUAAAUGGUGGAAGGUCUUUUGACAAUGUAGACACCCCAGCCUCUGCUCUCAAACAACAGGGCAUCAUUGUGCUUGGUAUUGGAACAAGGAACUCUGACAGUGGAGAGCUGAGGAAGAUCUCAUAUGACCCUAGUUACGCUCUAUCAGUGUCUGAGUUUACUGACCUCCCCAGUGUCCAAGAACAGCUCUCCUCUGUGAUGAGCACAGUGCUAGUGAGAGCUAUGCCGGUAUCACCAACAGAAACUGUGGAGAGACAACAACCAGGAAGAGAUUUUGUGUUCUUGUUGGAUGGAUCUGAUAGUACUAGAAGUGGAUUCCCAGCCAUGCGAGACUUUGUCCAAAGAGUAGUAGAGAAACUCAGUGUGGACGACAACAAAGACCGUGUCUCAGUGGUGCAGUACAGCAGAGAUCCAGCUCUCAAUUUCUAUCUGAACACAUACACGACAAAAGGGGAAAUCCUUGACACAGUCAGAGGUUUGAAACACAAAGGCGGAAGACCCCUCAAAACUGGAGCAGCUCUCCAGUACUUGAGGGAUAAUGUCUUUACAGCCUCUGCUGGAAGCAGGCGCCUAGAAGGAGUUCCACAGAUCCUGUUAUUGCUAAGUGGCGGAAGGUCUUUUGACAGUGUUGAUGCACCAGCCUCUGAUCUCAAACAGCUGGGUGUCUUGACCUUCGCGAUUGGAACCAGGAGCUCUGAUAGCAGAGAACUGGAAAAGAUAUCCCACGGUCCCAAUUUUGUUCUAUCUGUGUCUGAUUUCAAUGACCUUCCCAGUAUCCAACAGCAACUUCAGUCCUCGGUUGAGGCUGUGGUUAUAGACGUCACCCCACAAACCCCAACUGUACUUGUUGACACUGCCAAAAAGGACAUUGUGUUCCUUCUGGAUGGCUCUGAUAGCACAAGGAAUGGCUUCCCUGCCAUGCUUGAUUUUGUUGAGAGGGUGGUGGAGAAACUCAAUGUGGGAGAGGACAGAGACCGUGUCUCUGUAGUACAGUACAGCAAAGAUGCAGAGGUCAAUUUCUACUUGAAAACAUACAGCACAAAAGAGGAUAUUGUCGAUUCGGUUAGAGGGUUGAGACACAAAGGAGGCAGACACCUCAACUCCGGGGCUGCCCUCCAAUACGUCAGAGAAUAUGUCUUUACAAACUCCUCCGGGAGUAGGCGCCUGCAGGGUGUUCCACAGAUGUUGAUCCUGCUAAAUGGUGGAAGGUCUUUUGACAAUGUAGACACCCCAGCCUCUGCUCUCAAACAGCAGGGCAUCAUUGUGCUUGGUAUUGGAACAAGGAACUCUGACAGUGGAGAGCUGAGGAAGAUCUCAUAUGACCCUAGUUACGCUCUAUCAGUGUCUGAGUUUACUGACCUCCCCAGUGUCCAAGAACAGCUCUCCUCUGUGAUGAGCACAGUGCUAGUGAGAGCUAUGCCGGUAACACCGACAGAAACUGUGGAGAGACAACAACCAGGAAGAGAUUUUGUGUUCUUGUUGGAUGGAUCUGAUAGUACAAGAAAUGGAUUCCCAGCCAUGCAAGACUUUGUCCAAAGAGUAGUAGAGAAACUCAGUGUGGACGACAACAAAGACCGUGUCUCAGUGGUGCAGUACAGCAGAGAUCCAGCUGUCAAUUUCUAUCUGAACACAUACACGACAAAAGGGGAAAUCCUUGACACAGUCAGAGGUUUGAAACACAAAGGCGGAAGACCCCUCAACACUGGAGCAGCUCUCCAGUACUUGAGGGAUAAUGUCUUUACAGCCUCUGCUGGAAGCAGGCAUCUAGAAGGAGUUCCACAGAUCCUGUUAUUGCUAAGUGGCGGAAGGUCUGUUGACAGUGUUGAUGCACCAGCCUCUGAUCUCAAACAGCUGGGUGUCUUGACCUUCGCAAUUGGAACCAGGAGCUCUGAUAGCAGAGAACUGGAAAAGAUAUCCCACGGUCCCAAUUUUGUUCUAUCUGUGUCUGAUUUCAAUGACCUUCCCAGUAUCCAACAGCAACUUCAGUCCUCGGUGGAGGCCGCUGUCAUUCAGCUCUCCCAAGAAACACUUGGUGAGACACAGGGAUCCCGGAAGGAUAUCGUUUUCCUCGUUGAUGGAUCUGAUGGUGUUGGACGGGAAUUUCCCAUCAUCCAGGAGUUUAUCCGCAGGGUUGUUGAUACUCUCAAUGUGGGCGAAAACAAGAUCCGGAUUGGCGUGGUCCAGUAUGGUGACAUUGCCCAAGUUGACAUGUAUCUGAACAAACAUAAAACCAAAGAAGGUGUUUUGAAUGCGGUCAGGGAAAUGAGGCAUCGAGGUGGAAGACAACGUAACCUGGGUCAGGCCUUGCAGUUUAUCAAUCAAGAUGUUCUGACACCUGCCCAUGGUAGCAGGAAGCAAGAGAGUGUACCACAGUUUGUUAUUGUCAUCUCAAGUGGGUCUUCCACAGAUGACAUCAAUCGCGCAGCAUCUUCCCUCAAACAAUCCAGAGUUCUUCCCUUCUCCAUUGGGACCAGGGAUGUCAACCCUACAGAGCUUCAGGUGGUGUCAUACGUGCCUAACUUUGCCUUCAGUGUAGAUGAUCUGCCUGGCCUGUACACAGUCCAAGAAAACUUAAUCACCACACUCACUGAGCUGUCAGAUGAUGACAUCAACAGUUUGCGUCCAGUAUUCCCAACAAUUGAAGUAAUCCAACCAGUACCCACAGGAGGAGAAAAGAGGGAUGUCGUGUUUCUGAUUGAUGGCACAACAGCAAUGCGUAGUGAGUUCCCUUCCAUCCGUGAAAUGAUUGGAAGAGUUGUGGAUAAGCUGGAUGUAGGAUUGGAUAAGGUCCGAAUUUCAGUGGUACAGUACAGUGAUGACCCGAAGCCAGAAUUUCUUCUGAAAGAAUUCUCUACCAAAGAUGAGGUACGACAGGCUGUGACGAAACUGCGAACCAAAGGUGGAAACCGUCUUAACACAGGUCGUGCUCUUGAGUAUGUCCACAGAAAUAUCUACCAGAGAUCAGCGGGUAGCCGCAUCGAGGAUGGUGUGCCUCAGUUCCUGAUUCUAGUUACAGGUGGCAAAUCUUCUGAUGAUGUAUCCACUGCAGCUGACCAACUUAAAAGAAACCAGGUUGCACCUCUUGCAAUUGGUUCAAGGAAUGCAGACCCUGAUGAACUGAGACAGAUUUCCCUGAGGCCUGAACUGGCAUACACAGUUGACAGUUUCCAGCAGCUUCCAAGAGUGGAGUCACAGCUCAUUAAUUCAGUGAAAACAAUAUCCACCACUGACAUCAUCAGCAGUUAUGUUCCUCCCCCAGUGGACUUGGGCCCAACCCUAAAUCUUGGGAGAAAGGACAUCAUCUUCCUUAUUGAUGGCUCAGACAAUACAGGUGCUGCUGGAAUUGCACAUAUCCGUGACUUCAUCUUCAACAUUGUCCAACAACUCGAUGUGCAGCCUGAUCAAGUGCGUGUUGCUGUUGUCCAGUAUGCAGACAGAGUAAAGACAGAGUUCUCACUCAAUUCUCACAACAACAAGCCAGCUGUUGUUUCUGCUGUUAAAAGACUUCGUCAGAUGGGUGGCCGGUCAUCAGAUCUGGCUGAUGCCAUUGAAUACGUCAUAAAGAAUGAGUUAAAGCCCGCUGCUGGUGUUCGUCCUGCAGCCUCCCAGCAUCUUGUGGUUCUCACAGGUGGACGUUCCCGCCAAGAUGUUGCUCUUUAUGGACCUCUGCUUAAGGGCUCCCGGGUCAACUGCAUUGGUGUUGGAGCAGCUGGUGCUGACAGAAAACAGCUAAGCCAAAUUGCCACCACCUCAUCUGAUGUCCUUCAGGUUUCUAACUUCCCUGGCCUAUCUUCAAUCCAGCAGGGGGUUAUUGACAGGCUGAGAACCAGCGCUGAUGACUUACCCACAGAAUAUCCAACAUCAACAGGCGUGCCAUCCAAAAAGGCUGAUAUAGUGUUUUUGGUGGAUGGCUCCAUUAACUUGGGAAGGGACAACUUCAAUGAAGUGAUGAAGUUUAUCACCAACCUAAUUGAUCUGUUCUUCAAUGAACAAGACAACCUUCAGAUCGGCUUGGCGCAAUAUACCACAGAUGUUACUGAUGUAUUCUACCUCAACACAUACAAGAACAAGCAAGACAUUGUAAGUGCCAUUGGCCGAGCAGAUUACAAAGGUGGACGUAGAAUCAACACUGGUGCAGCCAUUCGCCACGUUGAAGAUGUUUACUUUACCAAAGAAAAAGGCAGUAGGAUGGAUGAUGGCACUCCUCAGAUCCUUAUGGUUCUCACUGGAGGACGUUCAGCUGAUGAUGGAAAAACAGCAGCUCUUGGUUUGAAGAAAAAAGGUGUGAGAGUCUUUGCUAUAGGAGUGGGCGACAUUGAGAGUGAAUUAGAAGACCUAGCAAGCGAGUCCUCCACUGUGGCUAGGGCAAGCACCUAUCUGGGACUUUCCGAGCUGAAUGAGCAAAUCCUGGAGACUUUGGAUGAUGAAGUGAAAGGGAAGUUGUGUGUUGGUGUGCCAGAAUCUACUAAAACCUGCAGCAUAGAAGUGUUGGUGGGUUUUGAUGUUUCUGAACAAGACAUCUUCAGUGCUCAGACCAGCCUACAGAAGAGGAUGGAAGCCAUUCUGAAGAGGAUUUCCAAAAUGGCAGCUAUCAGUUGCUCAUCCGGGCAGAUUCCGUCUGUCCAAGUGGGCAUGCUGGCCAUGGACUCUAACUCUAAUCCUAUUCAGCUGGACUUUACAGAAAAUGAUCAAGUUCUCUUUGAGGCCUUCAAAGCCCUACAGAGGCGUGGCCCCUUUGUCCUAAAUGGAAAAACCAUCUCAGCUUACAUCGAAAGGUUCAAAACCAGACAUGACGUUAUCAAGGUUGUUGUUCAUCUGACUGAUGGUAUUGACGCCCAAUACGCUGAAUUGAAAAAAGGAGUUGAGGAGCUUCAGAUGUCAGGAGUGAACAGUUUCAUUCUAGUUGGGCUCGAGCGGGUGCCCAAAUUUGAGGAGGCUUUGCUGCUGGAAUUUGGUCGCGGAUUUAGGUACACCAGACCCCUACGAGUCAAUGUCAUGGAAUUGGACUAUGAGCUGAUGGAAGAACUGGACAAUAUUGCAGAGAGAGAGUGCUGUGCAGUGCCGUGCAAAUGUACCGGCACCAGAGGAGACCGAGGAGCAGUUGGACUUCCAGGAACAAAGGGUGGUCCGGGAUUAACAGGAAGCCAAGGACAUCCUGGAGAUGAGGGAGGACCUGGAGAGAGAGGUCCUCCUGGUGUGAAUGGAACUCAGGGUUUCCAGGGAUGUCCUGGACAAAGGGGUGUCAAGGGUUCUCGUGGCUACUCAGGAGAAAAGGGUGAAUUUGGAGAAAUCGGGCUUGAUGGCAUUAAUGGAGAAGAGGGCAAAAGUGGAGUGGCUGGACUCUCCGGAGACAGUGGAAACCAUGGCAUGAGAGGUCCCAAAGGCCUCAAAGGACAAAGUGGAGGCAUAGGAGAUCAGGGAAUCCGAGGAGACCCCGGUACAAGUGGACAAGAUAACACCCGUGCAGGAUCUAAAGGAGACCCCGGUGAUGCAGGACCAGCGGGAGAGCUUGGUGAGGAUGGAAAGAAGGGUGGCCCCGGUGAACUUGGAAGAGGGGGACCUAAUGGCAGAAGAGGCCCACCUGGACAAGCUGGAAAUCCUGGAAAGCCUGGAGUGGAGGGUGUUCAGGGAGAACCUGGUAUUGGAGGAUCUAGAGGACCCUCUGGACCGAUAGGUGCACCAGGACCCAGAGGAGAAGAUGGAAAUCCUGGACCCAGGGGUCCCGGAGGUAUCCCAGGUACAGCUGGAGAAAAGGGGAGAAGAGCAGCUCUUGGUCGCAAGGGGGAGCCAGGAGACCCAGGACCUAAGGGUGUUGUUGGACCUUUUGGUCCCCGUGGAGAGCCUGGGGAAGACGGCAAAGACGGGUUUGGCGUUGCAGGGCUUAUAGGAAGAAAGGGUGAUGAGGGCUUCCCAGGAUUCUCAGGACGAAAGGGAGCAGCUGGUGACCCCGGCACAAAGGGCGGCCCUGGACCCAUAGGCAAUCUUGGCCAGAGGGGUGUCUCUGGGAAUAUAGGAACAUCCGGACAGAAGGGAGAGGUCGGACAUCCUGGGCCAUAUGGUCAGAAAGGACCGAGGGGACCAGGUGUUGUGCAAUGUGACCUGGUUAAGAAAAUCAGAGAAAACUGCCCUUGCUGUUAUGGUCAGCAGGAGUGCCCGCUCUACCCCACUGAGCUGGCCUUUGUCCUGGAUACCUCCGAGGGCGUUGGCCGCCCAUUCUUCGACAACAUGCGUGACACAGUCCUGCGCCUGGUCCGGGACAUCACCAUCUCUGAGAGUAACUGUCCCAGAGGGGCUCGUGUGGCUGUCACCAUGUACAACGAUGAGGUGACCACUGAUGUCCGCUUUGCCGAUGCAAUGAAGAAACGUGCGCUGCUGCAGCGCAUCGAGGGGCUGCAGCCCCGGCAGACCCGAAAGCAGCGCAACUUGGACACCGCCAUGAGCUUUGUGGCCCAGAACACCUUCAAGAGAGUGCGCAGCGGCUUCCUCAUGAGGAAGGUGGCCGUCUUCUUCGUGGGCGGGGCCACCAGCAAGGCGCAGGAGAUUACUAACGCAGCUCUCCGCCUCCAUGAUGCUGGCAUCUCUGCACUGUUCUUAGUCAACCGUGAGGACAGAGCUCUCGGCAAGGCACUGCAGGUGAACAACACAGCCCUGGCUCAGGUCCUCGUGCUGCCUGGCCCUGGAAGUGCUCAGUACAAUUCAGUCCUCCAGAAGGUGAUGAACUGCCAUGUCUGCUUCGACGUCUGCUCUCCGGACCAGAUGUGUGACUAUGUGCCCCCGUCAGCUAGCCGAGACAGGAGGUCUUCCACCACCGACGAGGACAUCGACAUGGCUUUCCUCAUGGACAGCUCGGAGACAACUUACCCAACUGUCUUUACUGAAAUGAAACGUUACAUCGCGUCCAUCGUUGAGCAGCUCCAAGUGUCUUCAAAUCCCACAACAUCCGCUCACCACCCCAGAGUGUCUGUGAUCCAGCAAGCCCCUUACGAGUUCCUCAACAACAAAACUGGCUCUCCAAUCCGUGUUGACAUCGGUUUGACCGAGUACAGCUCAGCUCAGGAUAUAGUCAAAUUCCUGCUGGAGAAGACGCCACAGCUAGAGGGUGGCCGGGCGCUGGCGGCGGCUAUCGAAUCGACCGUGGAGCAGGUGUUUGAAGUGGCACCUCUCCAACGUUCCAGGAAAGUGCUGCUGCUCUUUGUGACAGGAAGUGUAGAAGGAGAAGAGGAGCAGCUGGUGCGUAUUGCCACUGAGAUCAAGUGCAGAGGCUACUUCCUGGUGAUCCUGGGUGUGGGCGAGACUCUGAGCGCUGGGGAUGCUCGUGUAUUGUCACGCAUGGCCAGUGAGCCGUCGGAUGUCUUCUUUAAGCGGCUGGACACCAUCUCACAAUUUUACGACAAACACAUGCAGACCUUCGGCCAGCUGCUGCCAAAGUACAUCAGCAUUGAAAAUGCUUUCUACAUGUCCCCUGAAGUCUCCAAAAACUGCAAGUGGUUCCAGAGUGACCAGGCCCUGAAAAACCCCUUUUCUUCAUCACACCAACAGGAGGAACAUCACAAACAUCAUGAAAACCAGCAGACAGUUCAUCAAAGAAAGCACACUGAGUCAGAUGAGCUCCACGUCUCUAACGUGACCUCCAGCAGCCUCAAGCUGCGUUGGACCAACCCGGACUCCAAGCUCUUUGUGUACUUCGAGGUGAUGGUGACCCGGCUGCAUGACCACGCCCUGGUGCUGAAGACCAACGUGUCGGGCACAGAGCUCUCCGUGGACAACCUGCAGAGUGCUCAGACAUACCACGCUGUGGUCACCGCCCACACUGCAGAGGGACAGGUCGUCUCCACCCGCAAAGGCAUCAUGACUACGAAAGCAGCAGAGCAUAAGCCAUCCAGCCGGAGCAGCAGCCCUGUGAACACUACACCGCUGGACAGACCACAAACUGUUAAUGAAUUUGCAGACCAAUGCUCACUUGACUAUGAUCCUGGAAUGCCGUGCAAAGACUAUCAGGCUAAGUGGUUCUUUGACAGAAAGAACGGGAUCUGUACACAGUUCUGGUAUGGAGGUUGUGGAGGCAAUGACAAUAGGUUCCACACUGAGGCCCUCUGCCUGAAAAACUGCUUGAGGUCAGUGCCAGAGCUGGAGCCACGCGUGCAGCAGGUUGAACAGGUGGAGGUCCUCCUGGAUCCUGCGGGCUCUACAGCUUUGGACAUUUGCCAGCUUUCCAAAAAGGAAGGAACUUGUGCCAAGUUUGUCCUGAAGUGGCACUUCGAUGCCACCAGUAAGAGCUGCACGCGCUUCUGGUAUGGAGGCUGUGGUGGGAACCAGAAUCGCUUCGACACGCAUCAGGAGUGUGUGAACGCUUGUGGAAAACCAGCACCCCUCAAACAAGGAGUCCUCGCUGCGAUGAGAACAUAGAACACAGCUUCCUCCAAACCAUCCAAAAUGGCCAUACUGUAAGGAUGCAAAGCCAAAGCAAGGGUGGCUUCACUGGACUCCACAAAAAAUGACUUUAACCCAAAUUCUUGAAGUAUUUUUUUAACAACAAGAAGGAAGCAACACGAUUUGCUGCAUGAUUUGUUUUAACCUACUGGUGCUAUGUAGUAUGUUUGUUUUAUCAAUUCAUUAAGUGCAUUUUGGAACAAUGGCAUCAUAAGAGUUUUUAAAAUCACUUUGAUAAUUAAGAAAGAAACUAUGACAUUUUUGGACAGAGAUUAGUUAUAACUGAGUAUGCAGGACUGGCAUGCAAUGCAGUAUCCUUUUUAUGUGUUUUUUACAUUCCACAUUCACAUAGCAACAUUGGCUUUUAUUGACUCUUAUGUUUUAAACUUCACUUGAUCCCUGUAGCUUCACGACUUUACAGCCUCACAAUCCACAGUAAUGUUUAGUCUCAUGUGUGUAUAUAAAUGACAAUGACCAAACAUAAUGAAAUGUUAAGUGCACUUCUGGAUCCACUGCCUCAGAACACACAAGUUCCAGCUGUUGAGAAAUGGAAUGUACUUAUCAAGCUGUUUUUAUUUGUGUUUCAUUUGAUUUUAACUGAAAUGUGUGUUUUAUCUGGGUAUAGGGGAAAUAAACACGAAAUAGACUUUCUAAUAAACAUGA